CUUUUCUUUUUUUUUUCUGUCAACCCUCCUCCUCCCCCUUCUUCGUUAAUUUCUCCAUAUACGUUUCUUCGUUUUUUAUUUUGAUUUUUUUCUUUUUCUUUCUUUUCCUUCGAAUUUUCGCCAAUAUCCCCUACAUACGUCCGUAUCAUUACUCUCAUACGUCAUCACUUUCGUUCUCCUUUGCUUUCAUUACUUUUUAUUCCUUUUCUAUUAUUCUCUUAUUUCCCGUUCGUUUUUCGUGACUAUAUAAUAUAUGUAUACACAUAUAUACAUAUAUAUGUGUAAAUACAUAUUAAUCGGUAUAUUGUGAAUUAUUACUCGACUGAGUUUCGGUGUUAAUUUUGAUUGAUUUAAAUCCGUGGGUAUUAAAUUUUGUAUCUGCUAAGAGGACGAAGAUCACUGCUUUUGGAAGUUGAGGAAUCAUUGCGAAAGAAAACAAAUCAGAAGCAAUAUUCACGAUUAGUUGGACAAGAUACAACUGGACGACAUUUGUGUUUAAUUUUUGUGUGCUCAAGUGAUACUUCAAUUUUGGUGGAUGAACAAUUCAAAGGGAGCAAAAGAAAAUAAAUAAAUAAAAUUAAUAAGAUAAAAUAUAUGAAAUAAAAAGGGAGAUUUUUUUGGUCUGGUCAAUUUCUUUUUUUUUUUUUUUGAGCGAGUUUCUUUUUCUAACCAAAAAAUUCGUAUCAAUCGGCCAUUUUGUUUCGUUAAUUUGACCAUUUUGUUUUGCUAAGUCGGCCAUUUUGUUUCGCGAAGUCGGCCAUUUUAUUGAUAUCGCUAAGUGCUGCACAACUUAAUACACGUAUAAACCAGAAGUUCUUCAACGUCGUCAUCGUCAUCAUCGACGAUGUCGCGGAUCUCAAUCAGUGUGACAAUGGAAACAUGAGGACCGUUAAAAAUCUCCAAGCCAAUCGAACCACCUCCGUUCUGAUCGACCAUAAAUGACCGACGUGACGCGGCCAAUCGGGAAUAUUUUCACGCAAAAUGAUUCGCGCCCUUGUCCUUCUCUGCAUGGCCGUUCUACCACUCGUACGAUGCCACAAGAUUCACGAGCAUAUGACAAGGGAGGAGAUGUUAUCGGUGUUUCACACGGGACACGAGUCUGUACCCUCGUAUGAAAUCGUGCCAGUAUUGCACUCGGUGAAUAAAAGAAGUUCUGAAAAAAAAACGGAGAUACAUUUGAAGGCAUUUGGUAGCGAUAUUAAUCUGACAUUGAAACCAACGAGAGGAUUAUUGUCGCCUAAUCAGUUGCCAAUGUGGACCGUAACAAAGAACGAUUCUCAUCCUGAUGGUCUUCGUUACGAGCGCGUAUUGGAAACCGACGCCGAUAUCGGUGACAUCUAUCAAGAUACAAGAAACAUGGCGUCGAUUCUACUGCACCAGGACGCGAAUGGGAAAGUGCUCGUUGAUGGCAACAUCGGUUCGGAACUUGUGAUACGUCCUCUUCCAGAACGUGUUAUCCAAGAUGUCGUCAACAAAAAUAUCAGUCUAAUGAAUUCAAUAUUAUUACCAAAUCUAACGAACGUCUUGAUGAACGAUUUAAAUUAUACGAAUCAUCAUGUUGUUUAUAAAAAAUAUAGUAAACCAAUCGACGACGAGUAUAGCGAUUAUGCGUUAAUGGAGCCCGAUCAUAUUGCCAAAAAAUACAGAACGAAACGUUCAUUGUCGAACAGAUCGAAACGAGAAGCUCCGUACGUUAUUUAUCCAGAAAUUCUUUGUAUCGUUGAUUACGAUGGAUACAGACUUCACGGAGGUGAUAAUGUCCAAAUAAAAAGGUACUUCGUAUCAUUUUGGAAUGGGGUUGAUUUGAGGUAUAAAUUAUUAAAAGGACCAAAAAUACGUAUCAGCAUUGCCGGUAUAAUAAUAUCGAGGGGUAGAGACGCAACGCCAUAUUUGGAAAGAAAUCGCGUUGGAAGGGAUGCCAUUGAUUCGGCAGCUGCUCUUACCGACAUGGGAAAAUAUCUUUUUCGAGAGAGAAGACUUCCUGUAUACGAUAUCGCCGUUGCAGUGACGAAAUUAGAUAUGUGCAGGAGGCAAUACGCGAAUGACGUGUGCAAUAGAGGAACCGCAGGAUUCGCGUAUGUUGGUGGUGCCUGUGUUGUUAACAAACGCUUAGAAAAGGUCAACUCUGUAGCCAUCAUUGAAGACACUGGUGGCUUCAGUGGUAUCAUCGUAGCGGCGCACGAAGUUGGUCACUUGUUAGGUGCAGUACACGAUGGUUCACCACCACCGAGUUAUCUUGGUGGACCUGGUGCUGAGAAAUGUCGUUGGGAGGAUGGUUAUAUCAUGAGCGAUCUUAGACAUACUGAAAAGGGAUUCAAAUGGUCCCACUGCAGUGUCUCGUCCUUCCAUCAUUUUCUAAAUGGCGACACUGCAACGUGUUUGUAUAACGCACCCCACGAAGACGAGGCCUUACCAAGAGUUUUACCAGGCAAAUUACUAUCGUUAGAUGCCCAGUGCCGUAAGGAUCGCGGUACCAGCGCCUGUUUCAAAGACGACAGAGUUUGUGCACAAUUAUUUUGCUUCGACGCUGGAUCCGGUUAUUGCGUUGCAUAUCGUCCAGCAGCUGAGGGUUCACCAUGUGGCGAUGGCCAGUAUUGUCUCAAUGGUAAAUGCGUCGCCGAACAUGAAAAUAUAAUACCUGAUUAUACCCAAAAUAUACCAACUUAUGUACGUCGAGACGGUAGUUUCGGACCACCUGCGAACAACAGGCCAAUAUUUGCACAGUAUAAUAACACCGAUUACAGGUAUCCAUGGGAAGGAACAACAUUUACACCACCAAAAUCGAAAUUUAAAUAUUCCCCAUACAUAACCCCAAAUUUAUUGACGUCAAGUAUUACAACAGCAACAACGACAACAACAACAAUAACAAACGUUAAACGUCAAUAUACACCUACAUCAACGGUAUACAAAUACACGUACACGACUGCCAAUAAUUUGCUUGCCAUUAAUGAUAAAAUUAAAAAUAAUAGUAAUUAUAAUAACAACAACGACAACAACAAUUAUGGAAAAAUCAACAAUGGUGUUAAUCGAACAACUACGACUAGCAAGAAAAACAACAGAUAUAAUUUUAAUUUUCGUUACAACGUCAAUUCUACCCCAAAAGUUGUUAACAAUCCUAAUGACGUGAAUUAUCCGAAAAUUAUACCGUUCAAACGUAAGACCACGUCAACCGUGACGCCAUUUUCUCCGACGACAUUGGCACAUCUUCAAAAUGGCCUCCAAAAUGGCGAACAAAAUGGCGGUCGUGAAACAGAGGGCGAUGAGUGCAUGGACCUAGGGCCCGACUGCUUGGAUCUGAUUGACAGGCUGGGAAUAUGGCUGUGCCAUUUGCAAUCCGUAAAGAGCCGUUGCUGUGCGUCCUUGAAGACUAUCUGCCCUUAAGGAAAAAAAGAAAAAAGGAAAAAGAAAAAAAAUGAGAGAGAAUAGAAAGAAAAAGAGAAUACGAGCAACUCCUUCGGAUAUCUUCGAGGUUAUCUAUCGA